CUCCAGCCAUCUAUUAUCUUUGUUUGCUCUCUGGUCUUUGUGUUGGUCUGUGCACAGUUGUGAGCCAUGGUGCUGUUGGAGAUGAAGUUCACCCAGCAGCGGCGGGUGCAUCUGGCGCAGGGCCUGUGGCUGCUCUCCUGGCUGGCUGUGAUGUGCGGGACCUUCGUCUUCUGUCUGGGUGUUUACAUUAAGACAGAGCUGCUCCGCAGGGCCGAGGUGAUGGACAACACAGAGAUCCAUGUGGUGCCCAACAUCCUGAUGCUGGUGGGCCUGGCCUCCAUCGGCACCAACUGGGUUGCCACUCGUGUGUGUCAGGACUCGUUGGACCCAAGCCGCUUCCCCCGAUGGAAAGCUUUCCUGCUGGCUUGGUUUGUUGGAGCCACGAUGCUGUCUUUUCUGCUCUUCGCUGUGGUGGUUCUCAGCUAUGCCCUGCAGGACCUGGAGGAGUCCCUGAAGGUCGGCUUGAGGAAUGGCAUUCGCUUCUACAAGGACACAGAUGUGCCGGGCCGCUGUUUUCAGAAAGAGACCAUUGAUCGUCUGCAGAUGGAGUUUCAGUGUUGUGGAAACAGCAAUUUCAAAGACUGGUUCGAGGUUCAGUGGGUGAGCAACAGAUAUCUGGAUUUCACCUCCAAGGAUGUCAAAGAUCGUAUCCGGAGUAACGUGGACGGACGUUACCUGUUGGACGGCGUUCCUUUCAGCUGCUGUAACCCGCGCUCCCCUCGCCCCUGCCUCCAGAACCAACUGACCGAUAACAGUGCCCACCACAGCUACGACUACCAAUCAGAGGAGCUCAACCUGCACAGCCGUGGCUGCAGGCAGGCCCUGAUUGACUACUACAUGGGCCUGAUGAACUCAACUGGUCCUGGAGUGCUGUCAGUCAUCUUGAUACAGAUGUCCGUAGUUCUGAGCCUGCGCUACCUGCAGACAGCUGUGGAAAGCGCCAUGGCUCUGGAAGAUCCAGAAGAGGACAGUGAGGGCUAUAUCCUGGAGAAGGGUCUAAAGGAAACCUUUGAGGACCUCAAAGUAAAGGCGCUCAUCUUGCUCAAGUUUGGCCAAGUUAACCCCAGCGCUACACAAGAGCCAUCUGAAGCUGAAGACCCAGAGAAAGCUGCUGAUAACACCACUGAGAAGGCUGCUUCUACUACUGCUUCCAGCUAG